CUCGCGGUCGCGGCUGCGGCCCACGAACACACGGAGGAGACAGAGAGAGGGAGAGACGGAGGUAGGCGGCGCGCGUGCACCCUCCCCCAUCCCCUCGUCCCCUCCGCCGGCGCCGGCGCGAUGGGAGGCGACGCGCCGCCGAUGAAGAGGCCCAAACUGGAGAAGGACGACGGCUGGUCCCGCCACCCCUCCCCCGCCAACGGCUCCGCGCCCAGACCCCCCGCCAGCGCCAGCCGGGCGCCGCCGCCGGACGGGGAGGACGACGACGGCGAGCUCCCGGAGGAGGCCGUGCUCGCGCUCAUCGCCCACCACGAGCGCGAGGUCGAGCGCUACAAGCUCAAGCUGGAAGCCGCUGAGAAGAAGCUGGCCGAGACGCGGUCGAGGCUCGCCCGGCACCGAGGCCGCGCCCCCGAUCGGAACCACCCGCCUCCGCCGCCGCCGCCGCCCGUCCAGAAGGCCGCCGUGCCGGAUCGCAGGACGCCGCCUCCGAGCCAGAGGGAGCCCCCCAAGCCGUCGGUGCAGAGCCAGAAGCCCCCCGCACCGCAGGCGAGGCCGCAGCUCGUCAUCCCGGGGGCAGGCCACAGCCGUCCAGCCCCGCGGCCCACUUUGCCCGUACCGAAGAAGUCCCCAUCGUCAUCGUCGCCGUCUUUGGUGCAGGCGCCGCAGAGGAAGGCCGAGAAGAAGCCCAAGCGAGAGAUCGUGCAGAGAGAACAUCAGAACUUGGUUCAGAGCGUCAAGAAGUCAUCUGCGCCGACGACGCUUAAGUUCUACGGCGGAACUCUGGUUUCCAGCCAGCACAAGAGGAAGCUUAGAUGUCUUGAGCUGUGCCCUGCUGAUGACCAGCUUGUCGUUACAAGUGCAUUGGAUGGAAUGGUGACUCUGUGGCAAGUACAGUCAAGUGGGCCAUCCAUCUCUUUGCUUAGCACUACAAAUUGCUUUUCUUCAAAGCAAAGGUGGCCUGAGGAUGUAGCUUGGCAUCCAGAUGGUGACACAAUUUUUGCCGUAUAUACUGCUGAUGGUGGUGACACCCAGGUUUCAAUGAUGAAUCUUAACACAUCAGGACAAAAGAAAGUUACUUUCCUGCAAGCGAAGCCUCAUACCAAGGGAAUCAUAAACAACAUAAAUUUCAUGCCCUGGUCUGAUACAUGCUUUAUGACUGGUGGAAGUGACCAUGCUGUCAUGCUCUGGCAAGAGAAAGACGAUUCAUGGAACCACAAGAAAGUGCACAGGGAUCUGCAUUCUUCUGCUGUCAUGGGUGUUGCCGGAUUGCAACAGAGAAAAACAAUAAUAUCAGUCGGAAUGGACAAGAGGAUAAUAUCAUAUGAUGUCUCAGCUGAAAGGGCAGAGUACAAGAACCUGAUUGAUAGCAAAUGCUUGAGCGUGUUACUAAAUCCAACUGAUUUCAACCUAUACAUGGUACAAACAGGGUCGCCAGGCAGGCAGCUCCGCUUGUUUGACAUCAGGCUGAGGCAGACCGAGGUUCACGCGAUCGGUUGGAAGCAAACGAGCAGCGAGUCCCAGUCAGCCCUGAUAAACCAGUCGUGGUCUCCGGACGGCUGGUACUUAUCAUCUGGGUCAGCAGACCCUGUGAUCCAUAUCUUCGACAUAAGGUACCAAGGCCAGAAGCCCUGCCAGUCGGUGCAGGCUCAUCAGAAGCGGGUCUUCAAGGCCGUUUGGCACCAGACCUUCCCAGUUUUGACCUCCAUCUCAUCGGACCUCAACGUCGCGAUACACAAAUACUGAUGGAAACAGCCAACACGUGGAUUCUUGGCACAGCGGAUCAAUCGCCAUUUUUGUUGCGAGCUCGCGAAACACGGGCGCAUCAGGUUCUAUGAAGUUUCUUUGUUCACACACAUGGGAUGCAUCAACGGAGAGUUCCAGAGGAGGCCUCAGCAACAUCUGCACUUUUUGAUGCAUCUACAGGUCUCCCUAGUUUGAAUGUUUUGCCCUUGCUCUGUGGAGAAGUACACGAGAAAUCUCACGUACGUCGAAAACUGUUACCGAAUGGUUUCCUUUCCUCUCCUUAGCAUUUUUUGUUUGUUGGCAAUGCAAGUGUCUUGGUUCUGUUGGUACAUUUGAAAGUACAAAGCAUCUGGAGACAUAAGGUCCAAGUGAGAGUCUCAGAUGAAAGAAACCUCCACCUGCUCUCAAGCCCAAAAA